UUUACUGUCUAAUCUGACAUCCCUCAAAAAUAUUAACCAAAAAUCAACAUGAUAGGAAAAUUUAUUUUCUAAGAAAUGCAAAAACCGAUAAAUACAAAGUAUGGGCGUAGAAUCGUACCGAUACCUCCCUGGAUUCCCAUUGGGGAUGAAAAUGUGCAAAGUCCCGUGGACAUUCAAAGUAUCAAAGAUAGUGUCGAGUAUCCACCACUGUUUACAAAAAAAUCAUGGACCCAAGGGGUUCCAGAAAAAGAUACUCAGAUGUACUUUAGGCCAUCAGAAACCAUCGGAUCUGCUUUUACACCGCAAGCUCAAUACUUAAGAAUUCAAGAUUUACCAACAAAGAAAAGAAAGGAGAGACCCAGUCCAUUAGGAACAGAUGGAAAGCUACAAUACCCACCGAAGAAAUCCAGAAAGGAACAGGAACAAGACAAAAUUAAACAGCAACUUACUGCACAGAAAAAGAAGCUAAAAGUUCCAGGUAUUAUAGAUAUUGAAUAUCUUCUUUCUGGUCAGUGGCACAGGGACAAGCAGGCCCAAGCAGAAAAGAAAGAGAAGGAAAAAGCCAUGAAGAAAAAGGUGGAUAUUAUGAAGUGGGAGGGGUUCCCUGAUGAAAGAGGAAAAUUGGCCCAACUUCAAGCCAUUUUACCAAAAGAUCCUGAUGAGCAAAAAGAAUACCUUUACUCGACCAUAAAGAAGGAUAUGGUCCCAAUAAACAAAAGUGAUAUUGAAAGAAUUGUUUACUACCUUACAGAGGGUAUUGAUCCUAAAGACAUACCGCCAUAUAACAAAGACCUCCUGGACCGUGCAAAAAGAAAGGUCCCAGAAAAGUACAAGACCCUCAAGUGCUUCAAGCCAAUGAUCCAGUCGCACGAGUGUGAAGUUCUUAAGUGGUACUGCAUCUACAUGAGAUACAACAUGUUGUUUUACGUUUUACACGAUCCAUCCGAGUGGAAACGUUUGAGAAUCGAGAGCUGCCCCAAGUUUUUUCCCGUGCUGGUUGUUCGGGCCCCAGUUACUUGGCACACACCUUUUUGUAUCAGUAAACAGUACUUAGAACGGUAUUAUUUUAUUGGAAACAUCGUUGUGAGGAGGAUUAGGGAGCUUUGGUUUAAAAAAUACGACUCUAUGCUGAUUCUCCCAGUAGAACGUCUCUGCGAUGAAUUGUCCCAAUUUCCACUGGAACCGAACGUGUUCAAGGACAAAGUGAACGAGAUUUGUGCCCAAUCCAGAGGCGUACUGGUGAACGAAUGGCUUCCGGAAUGCGCGGAUAUAUUUUUGGAAUUUAAAUCCUAUUGGAAGCAAUAUAUUCCGAGGCGAACGUUGGAAUCUAGCAAUAUAGCCGACCGAUUUUUUUCUUGCGUCAAUAUGUUGCUCAGCAAUCAGCUACGGUCCUUGGUUAUGCGUAGUCUGGUGCAUUUUAAGGAGCUUAUUAUUAACUUUAAGGGUGGCAACGAUUAUGGCUCAGAAUAUGCUGACCUCGCCCUAAUAAACCUCUCAAUACUCACAGUCAAAGUAUUGCCAAACGUCGGUACUGACGCGUUGAUACUUGAACCACCUUUAGAAGAUAUUCAGAAUAUACUGCAGAGCUGUAUCAAUGCCAUAUUGAGUGUCAAUAUGGAAAUAUUUAGAAUUGAAAACUUGAUGUUCCCUGAGCUUCAAACAAAGUUAUCCUACCUCUACCCAGUGCGCGAAGACGAAGAACCAGUUGUUAAAAUAUUAGAAGAAAUCCAAGAUGCAUUUAAUGCGAAUCUUUUAGGGCCCGAGAAGUACCUGAGAAUGUACCGGCAGUACUUUUACAUCCUAAAUGGGUCAGCCGAAAGGGAAUUAACGGAGUUCUUUGGCACCCAACCUUUCCCUUAUCUUAAAGACUUUUCGCGUAAAAUCUACAAAUACGAAGAACUAAAGAACGAAAUAAUUGAAUUGAGGCGAAGCAUUCCGCUAAACAUGUUCCUGCUGGAUUGCGGCGAUUUGAACGAAAUCCUGUAUAAAAUCAUCGAUGGACUCAGGACACGUAUUGUCGAUUAUUUUAUUGAGGAGAACCAUACGCUUAAUAGAGGUAUAUGCGACACUUUUGACGAGAUGUCGCAGAAAGUGAGCGGUACGCCCGAAACUGUGGCCGAACUGGUGGAGUUGCAGAACUACGUGGCGGAAUGUCGUGACGUCACCAUGUAUAAUCUCAAGGAACAAAUUAGGAAAACGGCCGAGAACGUUAGUUUUCUUAUGCAACAUGCCCACUUGACUGCGGAGGAUAUAAACCUGAACUGUCGAGUCUUCUUAUGGCCAAAAGACAUGGAAUCCGUGAUAGACUUGGCGAAUCAAAGGUUAAACAUGAAGCGAGAACAAGCGGAACAGGCGUUAAGAAAUAAAAGGACGGCAUUCGAUGCCAAACUAAAAAGACACGAGAAGUUGCUGGUUAACUUUAAAAAGAAAGAUCCGCCGAUUUUAACGGUGGAAGAAAUGGAGGAUAGUGUGCAGCAGGUGGAGCAGAUCGUCGAGAGAUUGCAGGAAGAUAAAGCGGAGGCGGAGCAAAUAAAUGAAGAGGAGCAACUGUUGGACAUCGACCCUUCACCGUUUAUGAAUUUAGCGAAGAUGCUCACCGUGGUCGAACCGUAUGAUAAACUUUGGCAUUCUGUUCUUGAGUUCCACGAAAAUUAUGAUCUAUGGUAUUACGGUCCGUUUGCAGAACUAGACGCAGACGAGAUAACGGAUUACGUGGAGAACAUGUGGCGCACCCUGUACAAGUUGGCGAAAACCUUAGGGGAUAAUCCGGGAGCGAAAAGGAUCGCCGAAAUGGUCCGGGCCAAGGUGGAGAAGUUCAGACAGUUCCUGCCCGUACUGCAAACCGUCUGCAAUAAGGGAUUACAACAACGACAUUGGGAUAAGAUUAGCGAAAUAGUGGGCAUGACUUUGGUGAUUAGGCCCGAUUCAACUUUGAACGACAUGAUCGAAGCCGGUUUGCCGAAGUACUCGCAGCAACUUGAAGAGGUCGGUGCAGCGGCUACUAAGGAAUACACCCUAGAAAAGAACUUAAUGAAAAUGAAAGAGGAAUGGGUGGAUAUUAAAUUUGAGUGUGUCCCUUACAGAGAGACCGGAGUGAAUAUUCUAUCGGCCGUUGACGAUAUCCAAGUGAUGAUGGACGAUCACAUUUUAAAGGCUCAAACUAUGAGAGGUUCGCCGUACGUUAAGGCGUUUGAGGCGGCCAUGCAGUCGUGGGAGGAGAAACUGAUUUCUAUGCAGGAUAUUUUGGAGCAAUGGCUUCAGUGUCAAGCCACUUGGAUGUACUUGGAGCCAAUAUUCAGUUCGGAAGACAUAAUGCGCCAGAUGCCGACCGAGGCGAGACAUUUUAAGACAGUCGACAGAGUAUGGAGGGCCAUUCAGGCGCACACCAUUAAAGACACCCACGUUUUAGUUGCUACUGAAUACAAAAAUAUGCUGGCACUUUUAAAGGAGAAUAACCGACUGUUGGAUGAAAUCCAGAAAGGACUCAACGACUAUUUGGAGAAGAAACGGUUAUUCUUUCCCAGAUUCUUUUUUUUGUCGAACGAUGAACUCCUGGAAAUCCUCUCAGAAACCAAAGAUCCCUUACGGGUGCAGCCACACCUCAAAAAAUGCUUCGAGGGCAUUUACGCCCUGGAUUUCAAUAAAGACGAGGAGGUUAUCGGUAUGGUGAGCGCCGAAAAAGAAAAAGUAACAAUGAGCACCAAGAUAGUCCCUGCUGACGCAAAAGGUAUGGUGGAAAAAUGGCUGAUCCAAGUCGAAUCCGUAAUGAUUCAGUCGUUAAAAGACUUCACCAAGAGGGCAAUCGAUCAUUAUCCGAGUGUGGAACGUCCCACGUGGAUUCUCACGUGGCCCGGACAGAUUGUCCAGUGUGUGGACUGUAUCGAGUGGACGUCCGAGGUCACGGGGGCCAUUUUUAGCGGGAAUUUGCUGGAUCAAGAGGAAUUGUGCACCGAACAGAUCGAGCAGAGCGUGAAAAUGGUCCAGGGUACUUUGAAACCGAACAACCAAGUUACGGUGGAGGCUCUGAUUGUUAUUGAUGUACAUGGUCGUGACAUAGUAACAAAACUAAAAGAACUAAACGUAACCUCGAUCGCUGACUUUAACUGGAUCUCGCAGCUGAGGUACUACUGGCGCUCGGACGCUGUCAGCGUUUGCAUGAUCACCACGGAAGUGCUUUACGGGUUCGAGUAUCUCGGUAACACUGGACGUCUGGUGGCAACACCUCUUACCGACAGAUGCUAUAGGACUCUUAUGGGAGCCUUAAAGUUGAAUCUGGGCGGAGCCCCCGAGGGACCAGCGGGCACCGGUAAAACGGAAACCUGUAAGGAUUUGGCGAAAGCGGUGGCUAAGAAGUGUGUGGUGUUUAAUUGUUCCGACGGGUUGGAUUAUAAGGCUUUGGGGAAAUUCUUUAAGGGUUUGGCCCAAGCGGGCGCCUGGGCCUGUUUCGACGAGUUUAACCGCAUCGAACUGGAAGUAUUAUCAGUCGUAGCGCAACAAAUAUUAAGCAUCCAAAUGGCCGUGGCAGCAAAACUGACCAAGUUCGUCUUCGAGGGCACCGAAAUCACCCUGGACCCCACUUGUACCGUCUUUAUUACCAUGAAUCCAGGUUAUGCCGGAAGACAAGAGUUACCCGAUAACUUAAAAGUGCUAUUUAGGACAGUGGCAAUGAUGGUGCCGGAUUACGCAAUGAUCGGUGCGAUUUCCUUGUACUCAUACGGAUUUGUGCAGGCGCAAAGUUUAGCGGAAAAGAUCGUCCACACUUAUAAAUUGUGCUCGGAACAGUUGUCGUCUCAAAACCACUACGACUAUGGAAUGAGAGCGGUUAAGUCGGUGCUAUUGGCGGCGGGAGCGUUGAGGAGACUCUAUCCGGCCACCGAGGAGGCCCAGCUGGUUUUGAGGGCCAUCAUUGAUGUUAAUUUGCCCAAGUUCUUAGCUCAGGAUGUGCCUCUGUUUAUCGGCAUCUACCAAGAUCUGUUUCCCAACAUAGAAGUGCCAGCCUUCGAACGAUCCGACUUAAUAGAAUGUCUGAUAAUAGACAUCAAACUGAAGAACCUUCAGCCUACACCGUGGUUCGUUGAGAAAUGCAUGCAAAUCUACGAAAUGAUUUUGGUGCGUCACGGAUUGAUGAUAGUCGGGAAGCCCAUGGGUGGAAAAACCAGCGCGUAUCAAUCAUUAGCGGACGCUCUUGGACGUCUAUGUGGCAUGCAAGAUGCCAAAUUGUACGAGCAUAGCGUCCAGUAUCGGAUAAUUAACCCUAAGGCCAUUUCGAUGGGGCAACUUUACGGACAAUUUGAUCCUGCCUCGCACGAGUGGUCCGAUGGGGUACUGGCCAACACUUUUAGAGAGUUCGCUAAUAGCUACACCUUAGAAAGAAAAUGGAUCCUAUUCGAUGGCCCAGUAGAUGCGGUAUGGAUCGAAAACAUGAACACAGUACUGGACGAUAAUAAAAAACUGUGCCUAAUGUCCGGAGAAAUCAUACAAAUGUCCCCUCAAAUGAACCUGAUAUUCGAACCGGCCGAUUUAGAGCAAGCCUCACCGGCAACAGUCUCUAGGUGCGGCAUGAUUUACAUGGAACCGCAUUUGCUCGGCUGGAGACCCCUAAUGGACUCCUACGUGGCGACUUUGGAGAAAAUUUUACUGCCGGAACAGAUCGAGAUCCUUGUGGAGUGCGUCGAGUGGCUGGUACCGCCUUGUUUAGAGUUUAUCAACGAGAAUUGCCGGAAGUUCGUGGAAACGUCCGAUGUACAUUUGUUUUAUUCAUUCACGAGACUGUUCAAAUGCCUAUUGGUCGAGGAAAAUCAAGUGAGCACCGUAUGGAUGCAGUGCGUUUUCCUAUUUUGUUUGGCCUGGGGCCUCGGGUCCACCCUGACCAACGAGGGUCGUAAAUCCUUCGACGUGUUUUACCGAAAAAUCCUCGAGGGCCAAAAUAAGAAUUAUCCCAAGCCGAAAUCUUAUAAGUUAUCGAAAAAUCAAAUAUUCCCCGAGAGGGCCGACAUAUUCGAUUGGUUGUACGAUAAGAAGAACAAUGGGACGUGGAUAUCGUGGAGCGAUACCGUCGAUAAGGUCCAGCAAAUUCCCCCUACAGCGAAAGCCAACGAGCUGAUUAUCCAGACAAACGCGUCCUGUUGCCAGAGAUACUUUCUGAAAUUGUGCCUGACCAACUGCAUCCCGAUCUUGUUUGUCGGACCAACUGGUACCGGUAAAACGGCGGUUACGCUGGACCAUCUGCUCAGUCUCCCGAAGGAGAAAGUGUUGCCUAAUGUAGUGAAUUUUAGUGCUAGGACCACUUCAUCUAUGACUCAAGAGAUGGUGAUGUCGAAACUAGACAAACGUAGACGCGGAGUAUUCGGUCCGUCGAUGGGAAAAAAGUGCGUACUCUUCGUAGACGACGUGGGUAUGCCCCAGAAGGAAACGUGGGGGGCGCAGCCCCCCGUCGAAUUGCUACGGCAAUGGCUCGACCAUGGUCAUUGGUUCGAUAAGGACACUUCGAUUCUGAUGCUAGUCGAUGUGUUGUUCGUUGGUGCAAUGGGCGUCCCGGGCGGAGGCAGAAACGAAAUAACCGACAGGUUCCUAAGGCACAUGCAAAUAAUAGGAAUCGACGCUUUCGACGAUAACACCUUGAACAAAAUCUUCUCCACGAUCAUCGACUGGCAUUUCGCCAAAGGGUACGUCGAAGUAGUACAAAGAAUGGCAAAGUUUUCAGUUGGGGCCACAAAUGAAGUUUUCAAGGAGGCCACAAUGAAAUUUUUGCCCACUCCGGCGAAAUCCCACUACACGUUUUCGUUACGAGACUUUUCCAGGGUGGUUAACGGACUAUUGAUCACACCACCAUCGAAAAUGGACGAUCAGAACAAAUUUAUUAGACUUUGGAUCCAUGAAACUUACAGGGUGUUUCAUGACAGGCUUAUUGACGAUGGCGACAGGGAGACGUUAUUCAAAAUAGUUUUUAAUGCUUGCUAUCAGAACUUCAGACAGCCCAUGGACAAAGCGUGCGAACCAUUAGUACCUGAAGAGGAAAAACUUGGCCCGCAGCACAUUCGAAACCUGUUUUUUGGCAACUAUAUCGAACCCGAUGCGGAACCCAAGUUAUACGAUGAGAUCAGUGACAUGGACCUGCUAAUUGAAAAAAUGGAGUACUACUUAUCGGAGUAUAACAUGCUCUCGAAGUCUCCGAUGAACCUGGUGAUGUUCAAAUUCGCGAUCGAGCACGUUUCGCGGGUUUCGAGGGUUUUGAACCAACCGAACGGAAACGUGCUGUUGGUCGGCAUCGGCGGAUCCGGCCGUCACAGUUCCGUCAAACUUGCGAGUGCCAUGUCCGAGUUUGGCGUGUUUGAAAUUGAACUGUCAAGAAACUACGGCGUACCAGAAUGGCGUGAGGACUUAAAAACCCUAAUGCUACGUGCGGGCUGCGAUGGAAAACCCAUAGUUUUCCUUUUUGCUGACACCCAAGUGGCCGACGAGAUGUUGGUUGAGGACAUUAGCACCGUCCUGAACACCGCAGACGUCCCGAACCUUUAUGCCCCCGAUGAAAAGGCCGAUAUAUUAGAAAAGAUGCAGACUGCAGCCAGAGAAUCGGGUAAAAAAGUGGAAUCAACACCGCUGGCCCUCUACAAUUUCUUCAUAGAGCGUAUCAGACAAAACCUCCAUGUUGCACUCUGCUUCAGCCCGAUAGGGGACGCGUUUCGAGUGAGAUGCCGCAUGUUCCCGUCCCUUAUCAACUGUUGCACCAUCGAUUGGUUCCAAAAUUGGCCGGACGACGCCCUGGAAAGGGUCGCCCAUAUGUUCUUAUGUAAAACCGAUAUCGGUCAGGAAAUGAUCGAGAAAUGCGUCGCGAUGUGCAAAGAGUUCCACGUCACCGUACAGGAUAGCGCCUCGCUGUUUUAUAGGGAGCAAAAGAGAAAGACGUAUGUCACACCCACGUCUUACUUGGAACUUAUACAGACUUUUAUCACUUUGUAUGGGAGAAAAGUGGAUCAGAUUAAGUUGCAAAUCAAUCGGUACUUGACCGGGCUGGAGAAGUUGGGGUUUGCCGCCGGGCAGGUCGGGUUGAUGCAGCAGGAGUUGCACGACUUACAGCCGAAACUUAUCGUCGCCUCAGCGAAAACUGAGAAACUCAUGAUUAAGAUUGAACAGGAUACUGUUAUAGUCGAGAAACAAAAGGAGGUGGUAGCAGCCGACGAAGCUUUAGCAAACGAAGCAGCGGCGGCGGCUCAAGCGAUAAAGGACGACUGCGAAUCCGAUUUGUCCGAAGCGAUUCCUGCUCUGGAGGCAGCUGUGGAGGCCCUGGACACCCUGAAACCGGCCGACAUCACUUUGGUGAAAUCGAUGAAGAAUCCACCCUCGGGGGUGAAACUCGUCAUGGAAGCGGUUUGCGUAAUGCGCCAACAAAAACCGGAAAGGAAACCGGACAUGACCACCGGUAAAAUGGUCGAGGACUUUUGGGGACCGUCCGUGAAACUUUUGGGCGACAUGAAGUUUUUGGAGCAUCUGAAGGCGUACGACAAGGAUAACAUCCCGGUACCCGUCAUGAAAAGGAUCAGAGAACGAUAUAUGCCAGACCGCGAAUUCGAUCCGGAACGAAUCAAAACAGUGUCGACCGCCUGCGAGGGUCUCUGUAAAUGGGUCCGUGCCAUGGAAGUGUACGAUCGAGUGAUCAAAAUCGUUGCACCGAAAAAAGCGCGUUUAGCGGAAGCGGAAGCGGAACUCGCCCUCCAAAUGGACACCUUGAACGAGAAACGGGCCCAGCUCCAAGAAGUGUCCGAUAAACUGCAGGCGUUAAAUGACGAGUUCGCGGCCGAGACGAAGAAGAAAAAGGAGCUCGAGGAUCAGAUCUACAUUUGCUCACAGAAAUUGGACAGGGCUGAAAAAUUGAUUGAGAGUUUGGGUGGGGAGAAGGCGAGAUGGUCGGAAACGGCCGCUACCCUCGGGGAUCUUUUGAAUAAUGUUAUUGGAGAUGUGCUGCUUAGUGCCGGAGCCAUUGCUUACCUGGGAGCUUUUACCGUGGAUUAUAGGAGGAACCUGAUAAAAGGCUGGAACGAUCUCUCCCUUAGCCUGGGCAUACCGUGUUCCGAAAACUUUUCUUUAGUCACCACCAUGGGAGAACCGGUCGUGAUCCGUUCCUGGAAUAUAGCCGGGCUACCUGUCGAUAAUUACAGCGUGGAAAAUGGUAUUAUUGCCAGUACGGCUAGGAGGUAUCCGCUUAUGAUCGAUCCUCAAGGUCAAGCCAACAAAUGGGUAAAAAACAUGGAAAAAAACAACCGCCUACAAGUGAUCAAACUAACAGACGCGAACUACGUGAGAGUACUAGAAAACGCGAUAACCUUCGGCACCCCCGUUAUCCUGGAAAACAUCAACGAGGACCUGGACGCCGUCCUGGAUCCGAUUCUAUCCAAGAACAUUUUUAAGCAACAAGGAGUUUGGUACCUGAAACUGGCAGAUAACGUGUUAGAAUACUCGUUCGACUUUCGAUUCUUUAUCACCACCAGACUCAGGAAUCCUCAUUAUUUACCAGAAAUCGCCGUGAAAGUUAGCCUGUUAAAUUUCAUGAUCACCCCGCAAGGUUUACAAGACCAAUUGUUGGGCAUAGUGGUGGCCAGGGAGAAACCCGAACUGGAAGAAAAAAAGAACGCCAUGAUAGUCGAGAGUGCCAACAACAAAAAAAUGCUUAAAGAAAUCGAGGAUAAGAUUCUCGAAGUGCUCUCCACGUCUGAAGGGAACAUUUUGGAAGAUGAGACGGCUAUAAAGAUCUUAUCGAGUAGUAAAGUCUUAUCGGCUGACAUAGAAGAGAAACAGAAACAAGCGGCCAAAACCGAAGUAGAAAUCGAUUUUGCUCGCAACCAGUAUGUGCCGGUGUCCAAGCACUCUUCAAUUCUCUUCUUUUGCAUUUCCGACUUGGCGAAUAUCGAACCGAUGUACCAAUACUCCUUGGGUUGGUUUAUCAAUUUGUACAACCAAGCGAUCACCAAUAGCCCACAAUCCACGGUACUAGAGGAACGAUUGGGAUACUUGAGCAACUAUUUCACCAACAGCAUAUACAGGAACGUUUGCAGGUCACUUUUUGAGAAGGAUAAGCUGAUAUUCUCGUUUGUCUUAACUGUGGGCAUCUUGAGGUCACAAGGUCUUAUAGAUGAGGACGUCUGGGGUUUUUUGAUAACUGGAGGUGUAGCACUGGAUAAUCCUUAUAAGAAUCCCGCUCCUGAGUGGCUCUCGGAGAAAAGUUGGUCGGAAAUCGUUAGGGCCAGUCUCUUAACUGGCCUGGCAGGUCUUCGUGAAUCGGUGCAAACCGAUACGAGCAAAUGGAAGGAGUUCUACGAUUUCUCACAGCCGAACACCAUACCCUGUCCCGAGCCCUUCGAAACCCUCAAAGGUUUACAGCGACUGGUGGCCCUCAGAUGCUUACGCCCCGAUAAAAUAGUACCCGCGGUUCAAAAUUAUAUCGUGGAAGAAAUGGGCCAGGCCUACUUGGAACCACCCCAAUUCAACCUGGAAGAGUCUUAUAACGACAGCAACUGUUGCUCGCCGUUAAUUUUCAUUCUGAGUCCCGGUUCUGAUCCUAUGGCCGGUCUGAUCAAAUUCGCCGCCGACAUGGGCAUACAUAAGACUAGUUUGAUGACUAUAUCGUUGGGACAAGGACAGGGUCCAAUAGCGGCGAAUAUGAUCACAACAGGUUUACAAACGGGCCAAUGGGCCGUACUACAAAACUGUCAUUUAGCAGCCAGUUGGAUGAGAGAACUGGACCGAAUUUGCGACGAGGUGAUAGUUCCCGAGGUGACAAAUCCGAAUUUUCGUCUAUGGUUAACCAGUUAUCCGAGCACUUGUUUUCCAGUGGCCAUUUUACAAAACGGUGUGAAAAUGACCAACGAGGCCCCGAAAGGGCUCAGGCAAAACCUUCUGAGGUCUUAUCAAUCCGAUCCGAUAUCCAAUCCGGAGUUUUACGCUUCUUGCCAAAAUGUUAAGCCGUUUCAAUGUCUAUUGUUCGCGUUGUGUUUCUUUCACGGUUUAGUGCAGGAACGAAGGAAAUUCGGGCCGUUAGGCUGGAAUAUUCCCUAUGAAUUUAAUGAGUCGGAUUUGAGAAUUAGUGUGGUACAACUGCAGAUGUUUCUAAACGAUUAUGUGGACGUGCCAUACGAAGCCCUGACCUACCUAACAGGCGAAUGCAAUUACGGCGGUAGGGUCACAGACGAUAAGGACCGAAGACUAUUAAACUCCCUUUUGAGUAUUUUUUACGUGCCUCAAACCGUAAAAACUCCUUUCUACCCAUUUUCGCCCAGCGGUAAUUACUACGUGCCAAAGGACACCAGUUACGAGGGAAUAAUAUCGUAUAUAAAAUCAUUACCGAUUAAUCCGGAACCGGAGGUGUUUGGGUUACACGAGAACGCCGAUAUCACCAAGGAUAAUCAAGAAACGCAAAUUCUCCUUUACGGGGUACUUCUUACCCAAACUCAGUUGACAGAAGGUGGGGGAGGAGAAGAUGGUCAGGAAAAAAUGGUGAUAGACUUAGCGCAAGAUAUUCUUAAUAAGGUGCCGGACAUUUUUAAUGUAGAAGAAGUGAGCAAGAAGUAUCCAGUGGUUUACGAUAAUUCUAUGAAUACUGUACUGAGACAGGAAUUAAUCCGAUUCAACCGUCUAAUCGCGGUAGUAAAGCGAACAUUAAAAGAAAUGAUAAAAGCAGUGGCGGGCCUAGUGGUCAUGUCCUCCGAACUGGAGGAAACUUGUCAGUCAUUGAUGAUAGGCAAGGUACCGUCUGCCUGGGCGAGCAAAAGUUAUCCCAGCUUGAAACCUUUAGGAUCUUACGUUACCGAUUUAAUUAUUAGGUUAAAAUUCUUUCAAGAUUGGAUCGAUAAAGGGGCCCCACUAGUAUUUUGGCUCUCGGGAUUCUUUUUCACGCAGUCUUUCCUGACCGGGGUACUACAGAACUACGGUCGCAGGAUGCAUUUUCCGAUAGACUGGAUACAUUUCGAAUAUUAUACGACGAAAUAUGAAACCGAGGUGGAUAAACCGUCUGAUAUCGGGGUUUUUUGCAAGGGUCUAUUCCUCGAGGGUGCAAGAUGGGACAGAAAAAGCCAAAUGUUAGCGGAAUCCCUUCCGAAAAUUCUCUUCGAUGUGGUGCCCAUUAUGUGGCUGAAACCGGCACAAAAAGACUUAUAUAAUCCGCCCCCGUGUUACAACUGUCCGGUAUAUAAAACGACCGCUAGAAGGGGAGUGCUGAGUACUACCGGACACUCGACGAAUUUCGUGAUGUACACCACUUUUGCCAGUAACUUACCAGAGAAACACUGGAUUAACAGAGGGGUAGCCAGUUUGUGUCAACUUGAUGACUAACUAGUAUUUAUUAUGUGUAUUUUUUUGUAUAAGUUUUUAAAUAUAUUGUAAUUUUAUAAUAAACAAA